UGACAAUAGGAUUCUGUCACAUCUGACCAGCAUGACUUCUAGCAAAGCGAAGCUCAGGACAGCUCCGGCCACCUCAUCCAAGGGAAUUCUUCCCAUUAGCUAACCUGGGAGAGCUGCAGACUAGGCACCAUCUAGGUUUUCUUUCUAGUCUGCGUAUUGUACUGGAUGUAUGUUGCAGGAUCCCAUUCAGUGGCUUUCAUGAUCCUAGCAAGCCAUGUAAACUCUGGUACUUCCUAGGGUCCCAAACUAUUUGUGUCACUCUUAGGGGGAGCACAAACAACGUGCUCAGUGGCUGCCCAAAACAAGGCAAAUUUCAAUUCGCUGGAAAGGAGCCUUCCUGGAGUCAGUGGAGAUGAUGCUGUCAGCUCAAACAUGUGUGGGGCGUGUGCUGGUGAUACUGGUGUUCCUACUGAGUAUUGGAUCCCUCAUCAUUUACUUUAUCAACUGUGCCUUCCCAGUAGAGCACUACUUCACAGACCACACGCUUUCUAUAGAUAUGAGCUUCAAUGCAUUCUUCCUCUUCUAUUUCGGAUUACGGUUCAUGGCAGCAAACAACAAGCUGAGAUUCUGGCUCGAGCUCAACUCCAUCGUGGACUUCUUCACCAUCCCUCCAAUUUGUGUUGCCUUCUAUUUAAAGAGGAACUGGCUUGGUCUGCGGUUUUUGCGAGCACUCAGAUUGUUAGAACUUCCCAAAAUAUUGCAGUUUCUCAAGAUCACCAGGACGAGUAAUUCAAUCAAGCUGUCCAAAUUGUUAGCUGCAGUUCUCAGCACCUGGCUCACAGCUGCAGGAUUUAUUCACUUGGUGGAGAAUAGUGGAGAUCCUUGGGUCCACCAUCAAAAUUCCCAGUCCCUGAGCUAUUUUGACUGUUUAUACUUGACAAUGGUGACCAUGUCCACAGUUGGCUUUGGCGAUGUUGUGACUAAAACGUCCUUGGGUCGUAUUUUCAUGAUUUUCUUCAUCAUCGCUGGUCUGGUCUUGUUUGCAAAUUUUAUCCCUGAAAUUGUGGAUAUCGUUGGUGGCAAUCAACAAUACCAAGAUUCGUAUGAGAUAGUGAAAGGGAGAAAGUACAUUGUUGUCUGCGGUGAUAUCACUCUAGAGAGCGUGACAGCUUUCUUAAGGAACUUCCUGGCCCAGGACACGGGAGAUAUUUGCACUGAGAUUGUCUUUCUGGGAGAAACUCUUCCUAGUCUAGAGCUGGAAACUGUAUUCAAAUGCUAUUCUGCUUAUACCACUUUCUUCCAUGGCUCUGCACUGAACUAUGAAGAUCUGAAGAGAGUUGCGAUGGGAUCUGCAGAUGCUUGUCUGAUCCUAGCAGACACUUGCUCUUCGGACCCUUAUGUUGAAGACACUUCCAAUAUCAUGAGGGCUCUGUCUGUCAAGAAUCACUAUCCAAAGACGAGAGUCAUUAUACAGAUAAUCCAGUCUCAUAAAAAGGUAUACCUGGCAAACAUCCCCAACUGGGACUGGAGGAGAGGAGACAGCAUCAUCUGUUUGGCUGAACUAAAACUAGGCUUCAUAGCCCAGAGUUGCUUGGUCCCAGGCUUGUCCACACUCCUAAGACACCUGUUCAUUAGGCAAAAGAGUACCAAGGUGAAGAGAAAAGGCCUGCGGCACAGGAAUGUUUUUGACGGCAAUGACUACAAAGUGAUGACUCAUUGGCUCUCCAAUGAUUUUGUGGACAUGACUUUUCCAGACGUUUGCCGGCUCUGCUUUGUGAAGCUGGACCUUGUGCUGCUCGCAAUUGAAUUCAGAUCUGGCGUUCAUGAAAACAGCAUCCUGGUAAACCCAUCUGCACAGAUAAAGCUCCAUCGAAACACAAUAGGCUUUUUUAUUGCCAAAUCCAAGGUGGAAGUCAAAAGGGCUCAUUUUUACUGUAAAGCCUGCCAUAGUGAUAUUGAUGAUCCAAAGCUGAUUAAAAAAUGUCACUGCAGAAGCAGAUCUCGGACAAGAUCCUUUUCAGACAAGCUGAGGAUUCCUCAAGAAACACUGUACCUUCCAGACCAAGAGCCAGUAAAGUCGAUGUCUCUUGGGGUUCUUCCUGUUUCAGGUAUCACUGCCAGGACUGCAGCUCUCGUGAUAGAAGAGGAUAGAAAUGCUUUGCUGGAUUCAACAGGAAUGUUCCACUGGUGCGAGGCUGUCCCACUGGAACAGGCUAUCCUGAAGCACCAGGAACAAACUACUUCACCUCUGCAUGAUCAUAUCGUGGUUUGUGUCUUUGGAGAUACUAAUUCAACAUUGAUUGGGCUGCGGAACUUUGUGAUGCCUUUACGAGCCAGUAACUUCACUUACCAGGAGCUGAAAGACAUUGUCUUUGUUGGGUCUCUGGAAUAUAUGAAAAGAGAGUGGAAAUUUAUCCAGAAUUUCCCAAAGCUGCUAUUAUUCCCGGGCAGCGCUCUCUCCUGUGCAGACCUGAGGGCAGUUAACAUAAGGUACUGCACCAUGUGUACCAUCCUGUCUUCUAACCUGAGGGCUUCCACCAAUCCAACUCUGGUGGACACAGAAAGCAUCUUAGCCACUCUUAACAUCCGGUCCAUGCAGUUUAAGUGCAGCUCAACUGCUGGAGAGGCAGUUGGCAGAGUGAGAACACCGGAGAAUGAAUCAGAGCCAAGUUAUAAAAGGAUCCCCGUCAUCACAGAGCUGAAUGCUACAUCGAAUGUCCAGUUCAUUGAUCACCACAUUAGCAGUGCCUCUCAGAUCCCAGGACAGGAGCUGGAUCUCACCACCACCUUUUCCGGUGGAGCUAUCUUCUCAGAUAGCUUUUUGGAUUCUCUCUUGUCCACUACCUACUGUAACCACCACAUCUUGGCUCUGCUCCAGACUCUGGUGACGGGUGGGACAAGCCCUGAACUGGAGGAACAGCUAGCAGAGAAGAAUAUGCUGAGUGGCAGUUUCAAAAGCAUGACAUACGUGGCCCCCAGAGCUAGGUGCAAACUUGCGCUUGUGUCACUGUCCAAGAGACUGUUAACGGAUUCCCAGGAUUCCUUUGGAGACAUUUACUGCAAAGCAUUAGACUUGUUUGGAAUCCUUUGCUUUGGACUCUACCGUCUGACAGAAGAGCCCAAUCCAUACAGGAAUAGGGAAGUGUAUGUAAUUGCUCGUCCCCCAAAUGAUUUCAAGAUGUUACCUACGGAUAUGCUGUUUUGCGUUGUCCCAUUCAGCACCACAGCAACUAGUGACCUGUCAGUUUGUGAGGAGGAUUUUUCACCAAGGAGGCAUCAGAGCCAUAUGGACAGCUCCAGAAAGCAGAAUGAAGUAUUAUUGUGAUGUAUUCCCUGGAAAUAAAAAAGAAUGUAUUGGUUACUAAGACCCCA